AUGUAUACCAUCUUCAAGGAGUCUGGUGAUAUUGAUGAAGUUAUCAUUUCACAAGAAGAGAUAAAUGUGGAAAACGCUUUGGUUUCACAAGGUUCGAGAAAGAUACAUGCAAAUCUCCCAAGAUUCAACAGGGAGUUCACCAUCAGGGAGACCACGGGAGUCAGAGUUCAAGGGAAGCAUAUGAAUCGACGGGAUCCAGGGCAUGAGGGAGAUGGAGUUGAGAAUAUGCAGAACAAAAAGAUAUGUGUCAAUGGUUACAAUGCACGUUGGGAACAAGGUCGAAACAAUAACAAAUUAGAGGUGGAGAAUUCAGGGCCAACCUACAAUAUGCAAGAGUAUUUCAAUAUGGAAGGCUACUUUGGGGUGAAAGUCACACCAUUGGGCUCAAACUUGUAUUUGUUAGAAGAAAGAGAGGAUGGUGAACUGAAGGCGCUAAUAAAGGAAGCUUCAGAUUGGAUUAAUCAAUGGUUUGUAGAAAUAAGACCGUGGAGUCCAAAGGAGGUUGAUAAUGAAAGGCUUACAUGGUUAAGAGUAUUUGGGCUACCCUGUCAUGCUUGGCAUGCUAAAGUCUUUGAUUUCAUGUCCAAAUCGGUUGGGGUGUUCAUAUGUGUUGAUGAAGAAACCACCAAGCAUAAGACUAUGGAUGUCGCCAGGAUUCUUAUUAGAACAAAAUAUUGUAUGGUGUUGAAUGAAACUUACAAUAUUUCGAUCAAUGAAAAUAUUUUCAGAAUCAAAGUGGUUGAGGAUACACAUGAUCCUAUGUGUAUACCUUUGAAUCACCUUGGGAAUAAUCACAACAACAGCAAUGGCUCCGCGGAAAGUUCUGACGAGGAUAAUGGAUGUUGGGAGUAA